AUGAAUUCUUAUUUGAAUUCACCAGUUGGCAAAAAGGCAUUUUCCUGCAGAGGAAUUCUUAAUGUCGCGGAACAUUCUAAUUCACUGGAUGACACUUCAUUUCUGGAUGCUACUACUUCACCAGUCCGUCUGCUCGAAGACUAUGAAAAAUCAGAGAAAAUUUCCGAAAUUUCAUUGGAUGCAGCAGCUGAACAAGAGAAUUCCCAACCACUAUUAGAAAUAGAUUUGAAAAAAAACAAAAAUCUAUCUGAUAUUUUCGAUACAAUUGAUGACAUUCCACGAACACCAAAAUCUAUUGAAAUCAUUGAUCUUACAACACCGAAGAAGGCUUUACAAAACAGAUCACCUCUUCUUCCUACUCAACCACUACCGACGAGAUGUUCAGCUCCUAUACAGCGACAAUCGAGAGUCCGUUGUAACGGGACCUUGGACAAUUGGAUUAACCGAUUCGAGCCAUCAUCGAAACCGAAAUCGGUUAAUGCAGAGGAAUAUACCCUUUGGUUGAAUAUUAGUCCAGAUGUUUCUCCCAAAAAACUGAAUUCCGUGACCAAGGCAAACAAGAAAUAUAAUGAAAAUACUGGGAUAAUUGUCAGUGGCUUGUGUUCACCACAAAUUUUAUCGGAAUCUUUAACAAAUUCUACUGGGAUUCGACCGAUCCUUCUGAGUUCUGAUUCGAGAGAGUUGAAAAAGCUAACAUCUAGCACUACAGUAUGCGUAGAUGAAAAUUUAUCAGAAUUUAUGCAGAUCUCACCGCAGAUGUCUUCACAGUUGAAAACGAAUCAGAUAUCUGAAAGAAUCACGAGAUUGCAGAAUUUUUUGUCAAGUUCAGCUUCAACUUCUACUAGCCAAAAAGAAACAAAUGAAGAUGAGGUGGAUAUUAUUUCUUCUCUGUCUGAUGAUUCAUCUCUCCCUCUUACUCCAUCUCCUCCUGACGCAUUAAAGAAACCAGAAAUUCUGAAGCAAAUGUCACUUGCAACUGUAUUGGAUCGAAGUGAUGUGGCUGAGUGUUAUGCUGUUAUGGAAUCGCAGCAUACACGUUCGCUGAUGAGAGCAAUAUCUUCACCAAAAUUUUGCCGAAGUGACCAAAAAUAUGUGGACAAUGAACUGACCUCAAGAUUUAACGAUGAUGGUAAAGUUAGACGGAAAAAGGCUGAACGACGAUUAUUGCACGGUUUUGAUUGUCGAUGUUGCGCGGAUUACUACGAAGCCUUGGGAUUAAAUCAAGAUGAACGUAGUAAACGGAUUGAUCAAGUUAGUAAACACAGAGAUAUUGAAAGAGAACCAUCUACUCCUGAGUACUACUGGGAGAUUGGGAUGCCAAACAGAGAAGAGCAGCGUCGACGUGGGCAAAUUAUUGAGAGCAAUUCACCGAUUGCUCUUAAAACACGUUAUCCGGAGUACAGGCCGAAGAAACGUGCUCGGCGGAGACUUUUCAUUUAA